GGGCCUGCGGGCCUGCGGGGGCGGGACGAAGAGGCCCGAGCUGGAUCCCAGAGGCCACGGACGCGAGUGUCCCAUCCCUGCGAGAGGCGGUGUCGCGGCCCAGGCAGGAUCAUUCACGAUACAGCUGUAGCUGUUUUCAACAAAGAUCAGUGAUGAAAAUUGUUUUUAACAAGAUACCUCCAAGUUAAGCAUGAAAGGAAAAUACUGGAAUCAUUUCUGUUCUGACAUGAUAAUGAAUACAGCAUUUUCCAGCUAACAUGUAAUGGCAGCUUUCUGAGACCGUCCCUUGUCAUGCACCCCACCGGGAACAUGGAUGUUGGCUUUACUCGGUCCUCUGUUCAGACCCUGUCCCGAAGUCACUGCAAAAACAUCAAACAGAAGAUUUCCCAGUGGGAAGGAAGGGCCAACGGUGUAGCUAAGCCAGCUAGGUUUCACCCCAAAGACUUUGGGGUGAGGUAUACUAACUGCCACCAAGAGGUUCCUCCUCAUAAACGUCCCGCUGGUGACGAAAGCAGCAACUCUCAGAACGGGGCUUUACCCAGGAGUGCAGAUGCCGACAGCCGUGAUCAAAGUGAGCGUGAAGGCGAGCAGCGAGACUCUAAAGACGCCCACCCCUCAGAAACUGGACCAGACUCCAACCGGGUGUGUGCUCGGGUCAAACAGAUUGAAAGCCAGAGAGAUGUCGCUGUGGGUCCAGAGGCUUCAUUACCUCCAGGAAACUUCUAUACCUCACAGAUACUGUGGAAAAGAUUAGAAGCGCUUCCCCCAGAUAAAGUCUUGAAUUUGGCUUUAGCCCCUUGUGACUCUACAGAGAAAGAACCGAAUUUCAGAGUUCUGGAUAGUUCUUAUGGGAUGACCAAGAGCUUGGAAAAUAUUUAUUGUGAACCCGAGGGGCAGGAAUGUGGACCCUCUAUAAAUCCUUUGCCCAAACCCCGUCGGACAUUCAGGUAUUUAUCUGAAUCUGGCAGUGUGCCAUAUAAAGAAAGAAACUGUGACCAAAAGUACUGUGAAAAGAAUUCCUGUGCGGAGUCUUCUUUGCCUUCUUCUCAGGAUCCUGAGCCAAAGAAAUACGGUGGGAAGAUCAGAGGGAGAUCCAAAAGGAAAUCCUUUGAAUUUGAAGAUAUUCAGCACUUUCGGAAUUCACGGAAGAUACAUGAAGAACUUGGGAGAAAUGCUGGGUCAGCACUUUAUUACACACAGUCUGAGGAUAAUAUCUACGAGGAUAUUCUAUAUCCAGCCAAGGAAAAUCCCUAUGAAGAUAUUCCAGUGCAGUCUUUCCCCGUUUGGAGAUCCCCUUCAGCAUGGAGGCUGCCACCUGCUAAGACGGCCUUCAGAGCACCCAAGCUUCCUCCAAAGCCCCAGUUCCUUCAGCGGAAGACUAUGGAGCUGAAGAACUCUCAAGCUUACUUGCGAUCAAAGCUCACCAAGGACACCACUUUGCCUGUCACGUUAACAGAGUGGAAGCUUUUCCGAGCUGGAGAAGUGGUUAACAGGAAAAAGAGAAAUCUCCCAAGGCUCGUUUUGAAAAUAAAUGAUACAUUUGAGUCUAAGCGAGGGAAGAAGAGGGUAAAGUUGCAGCCUUACACUGGAAAAGAGGCAGCCUCCUCCAAAGGUGAAACCAGUGGGAACGAGAGUGAUGCAGAGUACCUGCCAAAGAAUCGCCACAAGCGCUUAGCACAGCUGCAGCAGUCCUCCAAGAGGAACCCCCACUACCAGACCUUGGAGCGGGAUCUGAUCGAACUGCAGGAGCAGCAGCUCUUUGAACUCUUCGUGGUGGUGUCUCUGCAGAAGAAGCCAUCGGGGACAAGCUACAUUCCCCAGGUCAUACAGCAGUUCCCUAGCAAGGGUGAUCAUGGCUAUAAGCAAUCCAGAGACACUGAAGAGAGGCUCAAAGUCAUCCCCAAAUUUUGUUUUCCUGAUUCAAAGGACUGGGUGCCAACCUCAGAACUCAAGAGUGAAACAUUCUCCUUCGUGUUGACUGGCGAAGAUGGGAGUCGGUGGUUUGGUUACUGUAAGAAGCUUUUGCCGGAAGGCAAAGGCAGGCGGCUCCCUGAGGUGUACUGCAUGGUCAGUCGCUUGGGCUGUUUCAACCUCUUCUCAAAGAUUCUGGAUGAAGUAGAGAAGAGAAGAGAAAUGUCUCCAGCCCUUGUUCACCCGUUCAUGCGAAGUGUCAUGGAAGCCCCUUUCCCAGCUCCCGGGCGCACCAUCACAGUUAAGAGCUACCUCCCUGGGGCUGGAGAUGGGUCCGUUGAGCUCUGCCGGCCGCUCGAUUCCCGCCUGGAGCACGUGGAUUUUGAGUGUCUUUUCAAGUGCCUGAGUGUCUGCCGUCUCAUCCGGGUCUGGGCCUCUCUCCUCUUAGAGCGGAGGGUGAUCUUUGUCGCCAACAGCCUGAGCACCCUGUCAAAAUGUGGCCAUGCUGUGGUGGCUACACUCUAUCCAUUCACCUGGCAGCACACCUACAUCCCAGUGUUACCAGUGUCCAUGAUUGACAUAGUGUGCUCUCCCACUCCAUUCCUUAUUGGAAUCUUGUCUUGUUCCUUACCCCAACUCCAGGACCUUCCCAUUGAAGAGGUGCUGAUAGUUGAUCUGUGUGCAGACAAGUUCCUGCAGGAGGUGACCGAUGAGGAUGACAUCCUGCCACCUAAACUUCAAGCUGCCUUGGUACAGAUUUUAGAAGACCGGAAGGAAGUCUUGGCCCAGGAACAACAGUUUUCACAAGAUGUGACACUCAAUUCUCUGGUGUCUGAAGCAUUUGUAAGGUUUUUUGUGGAGCUUGUGGGACAUUAUUCUCUGAAUAUGACUGUCACAGAGCGUGGGGAGCGUGUGUUCCAGAGGGAGCCAUUCCGAAAGUCCCACACUUCCCGAAGUGUCCGCCAUUUUCUAGAUCUCUUCAUGGAGACGCAGAUGUUUGCAGGAUUUGUUCAGGACCGGGAGCUUCGGCAAAGCGGAGUUAAAGGUUUAUUUGAAGUCCGGGCUCUCCAGUAUUUGGAAACAAUUCCUGAGUCGGAACCCAGUGGGGUGAAUAGAAUUUUGCGGAGUCUUGGAAGCAAAAUGAGAUUUCUCCACAAGAAGUGACUCUGCCUUCAUCCUAAACAUAACUGAAAGUGCCAAAGAGAGCAUCUCUCCAAGGGCCUGGUGCCUGGAGUCAGUCCCACGGAGUCCUUGAGAGUGUACAAGGAGAAAGGCAUCAGAGGAGGUCUCUCCUGCUGCUGCUGCUGCAGGCAAGCUGGGAGCAGUCUAAACCAGUGUGCUCUCUUCUGCUUCGAAUCUGAGGACUUUUCUUUUGGUUGGUUGGUUUAGGUUUUGUUUGUUUGUUUUGUUUUUGAGACAGGGUCUCUCUGUGUAUCCCUGGCUGUCCUGGAACUCAUUCUGUAGACCAGGCUGGCCUUAAACUCAGAGAUCUGCCUGCCUCUGCCUCCUGAGUGCUGGGAUUAAAGGCAGGUAUCACCACUCCUGGCCAAGUUGUUUACUGUGGUGUUUUCUCUUUGGUUAUUGGUGGUUACAAGAAGCUCUGUUUUGUGCUUAGUUGUCUUUUACGAGAAAAAGACUUGGAAACACUUGGUGUUGCAUGUUUUUUUAUUUGUUUGUUUGGUUUCUUUGGUUUUUUGAGACAGGGUUUCUCUGUAUAGCUUUGGAGCCUUUCCUGGAACUCUGUAGACCAAGCUGGCCUCGAAC